AUUCCCAAUAAAGUCUCAAUUGAAUCGUCGUUACAUUGCAAAAAAAAAUAAGCUUAUGAAUGCCAGAAUUUAGAACGUUAAUAAGUGUUAUUCUGGUUAUAUAUAUAAAGAUUAGAGUACAAUUAGCUUUGUAGUUGUAAAGUGAUUUAACACUAGCGAUGUCUAAAAAAAAUCUUCAAUCUGUGAUGGAUAAAAAGGGAGCUUUUGUUAGGAGCGAAUCAAAAUUCCGGAAUUUCAUAACAGCGGACGGAUCCUCUGGGUUUCCAGCAGAAGCUAAUCGAUAUCACUUAUACGUAUCACUUGCCUGUCCAUGGGCACACCGUGCGCUCAUUGUGCGGAGUAUUAAAGGAUUAGAAGAUAUCAUCUCCUGUACAGUUGUUGAUUGGUUCAUGACAGAUAAAGGAUGGAACUUUACUGACAAGAAGGACAAAUGUACUUUAGAUACUCUGAAUGGAAAAGAAUAUCUUCGACAAGUUUAUGAAAUAGCUGAUCCCAAUUACGAUGGACGAACAACAGUACCUCUGCUUUGGGAUAAAACAAAGAAAACAGUUGUCAACAACGAAUCCAGCGAAAUCAUACGAAUGUUAAAUUCUGAAUUUAAUACAUUCUGUCCAACAAAAGACCAAUCAUCUAUUGACUUGUAUCCACAGAAACUACGAUCUAAAAUUGAUGACGUUAAUGCCUGGAUUUAUACAGAGAUAAACAAUGGCGUAUAUAAAUCAGGAUUUGCCCGAACCCAAGAGGCAUAUGAUAUUGCUGUUACGGCUCUAUUUAAAGCACUAGAUCGUGUUGAAGGUAUACUUUCAAAGAGCAGAUAUUUAGUUGGUGACCAGUUAACUGAGGCAGACGUACGGCUAUUUCCUACUUUAGUUAGGUUUGACGCUGUUUAUCACGGUCAUUUCAAGUGUAAUAAGAAAAAAAUAAUUGACUACCCAAAUAUGUGGAAGUACACAAGAGAUAUAUACCAGACACAUGGUGUUUCACAAACGGUCGAUAUGCAUCACAUUACGUGGCAUUAUAUGUAUAGCCAUGAGAGUAUUAACCCCUACAGAAUAGUCUCGAUUGGUCCAGACCUUGAUUUCAAUGAACCACACGGAAGAGAAAAAAUGAAGAGUUAAGCAAUCAGAAAGAUCAUUAACAUUAUUGUCAAUAUUUCAUAAAACAUGAGAAGAAUGAAACCAUGCAAUUAUUUAUAUUUAAAACCAUUUAAGUUUCAUAGACCUACCCAGUAAUUACUUAUUAUUUUCAAUCAUGUUUCACUUCAUAUUUUUUUUUAUCUGAACUGAAGAAUGGUAAAAUGUGGCUUAAAUGUGCAAUACGUACGAUAUGUUUUAAAUUUACAGUCUUCCCUGCCUUGUGGAAGGUUAAAAUAAACUUAUUAUAGAUAUCAGGACUAAAAUAAGUAUAUACACCAGACGUGCGUGUCGUCUACAAAAGACUCAUCAGUGACGCUCGAAUCCAACAAGGUUAAAAAGGCCAAAUAAAGUACGAAGUUGAAGAGCAUUAAGAGGGGGGAAAUAGAUAAACUACUGUUUAUAUAAUAUCGUAUUGAUAAGAGCAAGAACAAAUAAGAUAAGCAAUAGUUAUUAAUGGAAUCAAAUGAUAUUUACUUAAAUAAACAAGUAAGACCUGUGAUACAGACCUGUUUGUUAACACAACUACAUUCACUUCAAACACUGUCACGCACAAUACCACAGAAGGUCAUUCUAAUAUUAUACUCCUCAUGGUGCAUAGCAAGAUUUUACCAAAUAUGAAUCUUGAAAGCAUACAUUUAGUUUAUUUUCACUUUAAGGAACAAUGUAAGCCAUUCAAAGUUCACUUAAUUUACGUUUCUAUUUACAUUACACAUAGUUUAAACGAACACAAUUUAACUUUUAAUUCUGUAGUCUUUGACACCCCAUUGACAAACAUCAGCAGCCAAAGUCUUGCAAGUGCUUAGAUAGGAUGACUAUUCAUUAUAAUUAUAAUCUAGCUAUACUACCAAAAUAACGAGGUACAAUUUGUAAGUCAGUAUGACAUAAAACGACGAAUCAAAUAUUUCAUCUAUUUAUAACUAAUGUGGAACAACAUUUGCGUUGUUUAAAAAUUACAUCAUUUCAGGCCCUUUUGUUAUCCACAUAAUCAAUAAUACCAAAAAUUAAUAAGUUGAGGGUUGAUUCCGAUACCAAUACCAACAUGACCAAUACAAUAUGUAGUUUCCGGUUAUAGGUGACACUGUAGCAUUUCCUUGCUUAUAGCAAUCUCCCAUACAGACAGAGUUGUCGUCCUUUCCUCCUCAAAGAUUGAGGAGGAAAGGACGACAACUCUGUCUGUAUGUGAAAUUGGUCCCAUAGGGGAUAAUGAUAGCUUUUUUGGAAUUUUCACCAAUUUCUUACACUGCGAAAAAUGCUACAUUCACAGUUAACUCAAGUACUUUCAUUUUACUUUUCGGAAAUGAAUUUGAAUGUGUAUCAUGACGGUUUACUUUUUUGGCUAUUUUUAAAACCUAAGACCACUUGUGCUUUUAGGACUUUUAUCCAGCAGUGAAAACAAAAUUUAAAAAAAUCCAAAUAAUUCAUUUUUAUCUGUAUGUAAAAUUAUUUCAUAUUUUUCUGCACCUGAUUCAUUCCUCAGUUUGGGUAAGUAUGCUCAGUUGAUACUGUAUUAUUUUUCAAUCACACUGUUCAGAUGUAUAUAUUGACUUAGUUAGGGUACACAAAAGAGCAACCUAAAUUCUGGAAUGCAAAUACUACCGUUCCACCUUAACCAAGACAAUACAAACUUGAAAUCAGUCAUGACACCUAUCAUGCAUAGACGUUUUAUUUUGAAAUUUAUUACAAUAAAGAAUACUAGUCUACACAAGUGUUCUUACCAAAACAAAUGAAAGUUUACACCCCUACCCCAGCUGGCAGGUUUUCACUUUUUUUCCAUCUUACCAUUUUUACUAAAAAAGUGAACAAAACCCAAAAUAUGUGAUGUUACAAAUCAACACAAAAGUCAAACAUGGUGAUUCAGAAUGAUUUAUUGGAUUACCAACUCUAUUUAACGUUAAUCUGACUGAAAGAAACAGUUUAAGCACCAAAUCAUGAAAAAUGAUAUUAAAGUCCAUUCCACAUUUUAGAGCAUGCCUUACAUUACUGAAGCCAUUUCCGGAUUAUGAAGGAAACACAACAAAAAUCUUUAGAUGGCAGUUAACUAUUAUUCUAACAUCAUUUUAACAGUACAUGUACUAGAAUAUAUCUCUAAGUUGACGUUGUGUGUAAUUCUCAUGUAUGUGUUAAGUGAAAUUAUGUCCCCUUACACAUUGUUACAUAAUCAAUUUACCUUUAUUGUGCAUUUCAUUAGCAGAAAAUCAAAACAAUUAAUAACAUUUGCAUGGAAAAUGA